UCUUCAUCUGCGCUUACUUGUCCGUGCCGUGUUUACUAAAUUGCUCUAUGUUUUCACAGGGUGCCUAUAAAAUUAUUAAUCAUACAAUUAAUUUGUUUAGUGAUUGACUGAUCCCGCAGAAGCCAUGGAGACUAGCCAUAAUCUCCUUCCAGUUGUUCCAAACGAAACGGCACCUUCCACAGACAUUCCAAAACUGUUAAAAGUCCUCAACCCCGCCAAUGUCUCGUCGAUAGCCGCCUCCAUGAUAUUGCUCAGCUCUCUCGACUCCACAAAAUAUCACUUGAAGAUAACGGUGGCGCGGAUUGGGAAUAAGGCCAUAACGGAGCCGCAUCUGGCGGCAGCCUGCGCCGAUCUGUGCGCCAAAUUAUCCGAACACAUGAAAACGAAGGAAUCCCCGGGCAGAGCGUUGCGCUUCAACACGGCUGUAGUGCGCUGGGCGAAGGAGUACUGGCAGGAUGUCGAUCGUGAACUGUACGCUUUGGAAGGGAGGAAGCGGGAGAACGGAGGAUCGGCAGCGUCGUGGGUCCGGAUCAAGUUGGAGAGCGUUCGUCAGCGUUAUCUGGCCUGUAGUCGAUUCAUAGCGCACCUGUUUGUUAACGGUUACUUUACGGAUCGGAGUAUUGACGUUACUUAUUUCCUGAAAAAAGUGCUCCCGGUGACAAUGGAGGAUGUCAGCGAAGGUCGAAUCGAAUGCCUAUGCGCCAUGCUGCCGAUCUGUGGUCCGUACAUUAGAGAUCAGAAAACCGUGGAUUUUAUUUUGAAUCAGCUGAAGAAGAUGAUCGACGCGCAGGUGACGUCGUCACGUAUUCGUGGCAUAAUGGAAGAAAUCGUAAAUAAUAAUUGUCUUCAACGCCAAACGGCCACCAUUACGGGUGGACACGCAGUCCAUCAGGAAGAAGGACGAGCGGUGGAGACAGACCGCCCAUUAGUGCUGCCGGGCUGUCAGCCGCUGCCUCCCGACGGCGGCGCUGCUGUGGAAAGUGGUGCUCUGAUGCCGGACACCGAUGUGACCCAUCCCAGCUCGGCGUCGGAGACGCUGUCUACCAGUGUUGACGGUCAGGCUCCCGAUUAUGGUGGUUGCCCGAUAGUCCAGCCCGUAGAGCCUGGCGGGAAGCGGAAAGUGUUGGGAUUACUGGCCAUUGGGAGUGUUUUUCAGGCGAAUUCGCUUCAUAGCCAGACGAACAUGUUAUGGCCACAAGGUGGCACGAAGCGGCCUUUUGCGACGCCGGAUGCGGAAUGGGCAUGCAAGGUGGCGCCAGUUCAUCCCGGUUAGCAGAGACUUCACCGGAAGAUUCAAUUGUGGUAUGCCACCAGGCAGAAGAGGAGGAAUUCGACGCCGACGCGAUAAAAGUGAUAACGUGGAGGAUGUUGAUGCGGGCGGCUAAUACGGAAGGAGAA